AUGAAGCGGAGGCGGCAUCGCCUGCGCAAGGGGCUACCGUUGCCCGCAACUCGCCAGCAGCAGCAACAGCAACAGCAGCAACAGCAGCAACAGCAGCAGCAGCAGCAAGAGGCCAUAUACCUUCAUACACGUUGCCACCUGGCUAUCCAAUGCCCCACACUUGCGUCCCUCCAACGUGUGUGCUGCUCAAACAGCUGGAGGAUGCAGAAGCUGCAAAAGCAAAAGCAAAAAAGGCAGCAGCAGCAGCUGCAGCUGCUGCAGCUGCUGCAGCGCAGCAACAGCAACAGCAGCAGCAGCAGCAGCAACAAGGGCAACAAAAACCCAGUGAACAGGCCACCAGUAUCCUUCGAAGCGAGAGAGCGGGAAUGGCGAGUUAUAACGCUGCAUUUGCUGCUGCUGCUUGUGGAUUUCAACACUAGUACUCUUGCUGCUGCUGCUGUCGCUGUUGCUGCUCUUGCUGCUCAUGUCGUUGCUGCCAUUACUACUCCGAUUGCUGCUGCGGUUGUUCUGUUGUUGCUGCUGCUGUUGCUGCUGCGGUUCGUCUCUCCCCUGAUGAAGAUAAAGCCAGCAUUGUUGUCUAUGGUUCAGUUGGCAACUGCUGCUGCAGCGGACACCACUGCGCAGCAGCAAGACGAGCAGCAGCAGCAGCAGCAAGCCACUCACCUGCAGCCUUCGGAGUUCAUCGACUUAGUGCUGGGACAUAGAUCACUAGCAGACGAGUUUUGUUACAUGAACAGGAUUGGUCCAUACAGCUACGAGAUUGUUCCAUUUGAUUCAAUAAACCCUGAUGAUUAUCUAACUUUGUCUAGCCAGGGUGUUCUGCAUUAUAAUGGAACAAAAGGAAUUGAUUUCUUAACACUGCACCAAUGGAAGAAAGACCAAGAAGUCUAUGCUCAACUCGCUCGUGUUGCUUUCUUUAAAAAUUAUGCUAAAACUUGUGCAGAGGUGCUCGAGAAAAACCUCUUCUCAGUUAAUCAUGUCUUAGGGCCUUCACUAUGCUCUGUUCGAUCUCUAGCAAUGAAAAUAACAAAUUGGGAGGUUGUAGCUAACAUUGGAGAUUCUGUUGUCUCUCUCCAACAACUUGAAGAACUACAAAAAAGCAAACAACAGCAAUUCGCAGCAGGCCUCCAACGCCUCUGGUCCGCCGUUGUAGCAGAGUAUAUCUUUGAAUCUGCACUUAUUGAUUUCGCGAGGAACUCCACCCAAAGACUCAUUGAUGGGCUCGCUUCGUUUGAAAAGCUGGCAAAUGAUGGGGAGGGCUCGCAGCAGCAGCAGCAGCAGCAGCAACAGCAGCAGCGGAAGCCGCAGCAGCAGCAGCGCCGUUUGCAGCAGAAUACACGGAAGCUUGGAGAUGCGCGCGGCCGCAGCGGAGCAGCAGCAGCAGCAACAGCAGCAGCAGCAGGAGCUCUGCCCUGCAGCAAACCCUUGCUGAUGGUACAGCUGGAGCUCAGUCGCAGCGGCGUCUCUCUGUCUCCUCAAAAGUCUGCAUUUGUGGAGUUUUUUCGCGGUGUUCUUAAUGAGACAUAUUCUGUCCUUUCUUCGACCCCUUCUUUUGUUACUGCUGAUGAAAUGGCGGCAUUUACAACCCCUCUUACGGGCUUUGAUUCCAUUGGAGAGGAAGCGACGUGCCGCUCUUUUCCUGCUUUCUUUCAAAAUGAAGAAUCUUCUUUGCACCAAUUAAACCGCCAAACCCUCAAACUUGUGGAUAUCCUUUUCGAUAGAGUCAGCGCAGCUGCAGAGGGCUUCACGGUAAACUGCGCUUGCAGAAAUAUGUUGAGGUCUACAACAGCAGCGAAAGCCUCUCAACGGCAGCCCUGGAGAAGAUGGAAGUCAGCGACUUUGAGGUUUGUGCCUCAGUUGGCGAAUAGCAGCAUGACAAAACUCCUCCAAGAAAUCUCCUCUGUAAAUGCAAAGCUUGCAGUUGUGCCUCAAGAUAUCAACGCCUACGUCGACUUCAACUGCUUUCUGGCGGAAACACAAAAAACAAAACUACCUGAAAUUGAAGCAAAUGCACUUAGGGUUUCUGGGGUCUUAGAUAUAUUAAAAAGGGUUUCGCUAAGAAUAGAUGCAACAACUAAAACCCUCUUUGCAGAGUUGUCUCAGGGACUCGCAGGACUCCG